CUCCCCGCACUGCGCAUGCGCUGCCCUCACGGCGCGUCCUCUCCGCACUGCGCCUGCGCUAUCCGCACGGCGGGAAGCCUUCCCCAGCCACCGCGCAUGCGCAGAGCGCCUCCGCUCCCGGCCCCGCCUCCCAUUGGCCGCUCCCCCGGCUUCGCCCCGCCCCGCCGCGCUCCCAUUGGCCCGCGCAGGGCAGCGGGGCGGGGCUCCCCCUCUGAGGCGAGGCGCGCGCGCUCGGGCGGCUGCGGGGAGCCUGUGGCGGCGGCGAUGGCGCUGGACGGGGGGCUGCCGGGUGCCGAACUGCUGCUGCCAGGGGGGGCGGCCCCCGAGGAGCUGGGGGCCCGGCCGGGGCUGGCGCGGCUGCUGCGGGGCCUCGGCGGCGCCCUGGGGCCCGACGGACUGAGCUGCGGCCUGCGCCGGCGCCUCGAGCAGGCGGAGGCGGGGCUGCGGGCGCAGCGCGGGGCCUGGCUGCGCUGGGAGACUCUCUGGCGGCUGCUGCAGGAGGCGGCGCGGGAGCCCCCCCCCGCCACCGGGGGCCCGCUGGGAGCGGCGCUGGACCGGACCCUGCUGCUGGCAGAGCUGCGCCGCGGCCCGGCCCCGCCCCCCGCCGGCCUGGCCCCGCCCCCGCCCCCCGCCCAGGAACGGGCCCUGCUGCUGGCGGAGCUGGAGCGGCGCCUGGGCGCCAAGGCCCGCGAGCUGCGCGCCUACCACGGCGGCGACGUCAGCGGUGACGUCAGCGGUGACGUCAGCGAGGCGGCGGCGGGCGAGCGGCGGCGGCUGCGGGACGCCCGGGCCCGCGGGCGGGACUUGGCCGAGCUGCUGGAGCGCCAGCGCCGGGCCUACCCCCAGGCCCUGGGGCGCUGCGGGGAGCUGCUGGGGCGCCUGGCCCGCGAGCAGCGCCUGGGGGCCCAGGCGUCCCUCGACCGGCGCCGCGCCGACUACCUGGAGGCCAAGGGCGCCGCCAUGUUGCUCAAGAUCCGGCUGGAGGAGCUGACGCUGCUGCUGGACACCUACCCCCCCGCCAAGGUGGAGGCCCACCGCCACAUCCGGGCGGCGCUGGAGGGGGCGGCGGGGCGGGCGGGGGCGGAGGCGGGGGCGGCGCGGGCGGCGCUGGGGGCCUUCGGGGCGCUGGGCCCCGGCUUCGGGGCGCUGGCCCGCGAGUACGGCCGCCUGCACCGCCUGCGCCGCCACCGCCGCUGGGCCCUGCGCCAGCUCCGCCCCCCCGGCCCCGGCCCCGCCCCCCCGGGGGGGCACCGGCCCCCGGCGACGGCCCCCGGCGACGGCGACGGCGACGCCCCGUGACCCCGGCGGCGACCCCGUGACCCUGGCGGCGACCCUGGUGACCACCCCACGAUGACCCUGGCGACGGCCCUGCGACCCUGGCGACGACCCCGGCAAUGGCCCCGUGACCCCGGUGACGGCCCUGUGACCCUGGCGACGACCCCGUGACCCUGGCGGCGACCCCGGCAACAGCCCCGUGACCCUGGCGACGACCCCGUGAUGCUGGCGACGACCCUGGUGAUGACCCUACGAUGACACCGGUGACGGCCCUGCGACCCUGGCGACGACCCCGGCAAUGGCCCCGUGACCCCGGUGACGGCCCUGUGACCCUGGCGACGACCCCGUGACCCUGGCGGCGACCCCGGCAACAGCCCCGUGACCCUGGCGACGACCCCAUGACCCUGGUGAUGACCCCGGCAACAGCCCCGUGACCCUGGCGACGACCCCGUGACCCUGGCGACGACCCUGGUGACGACCCCACGAUGACCCUGGUGACGACCCCGUGACCCUGGUGAUGACCCUGGCAACAGCCCCGUGACCCCGGUGACGACCCCGUGACCCUGGCGAUGACCCCGGUGACAACCCCGCAUCCCUGGCGACAGCCCCGCGACGGCCCCAGCGGUGACCCCGACAAUGACCCCGUGACCACGGUGACGACCCCGGCAAUGACCCCGUGACCCUGGCGAUGACCUGGCGAUGACCCCAGCGAUGACCCCGUGGCCCUGGUGAUGACCCCGGUGAUGACCAUGUGACCCCGGUGAUGACCCCACGACCCCAAUGAUGACCCCAUGGCUCUGAGGACGACCCCGGUGAUGACCCCAUGACCCCAGUGGCGACCUAUGACCCCAUGAUGCCAGCGACGGCCCCGUGGCCCCGGCAACAACCUUGACGACCCCGUGACCCUAGUGAUGACCCCGGUGACGACCCCACGACCCCAGCGAUGACCCCGCAACCCCGGCGGCGACCCUGUGACCCUGACGAUGACCCCUGACCCCUGUAACCCUGGUGGCGGCCCCGGGGUCGCGAACUCUGACCCCGGCCCCGCCCCCGUGACCCCAAUAAAGCCGCCUGCACCCCCCCA